AUGUCUGGUCGUCCCCCAAGCCGCCAGGAAGCGGCGUUCCCUGCGGAGCCAGGCUCCAUAUACCAUCUAGCCCACGAAUGGGGCAGCGUUGAUGCAAUUGGGAAUAGAGAGAGCCCGGUUGAUGCAGGCUCUAGCAACACUGAUCAUUGGGGUUCAUUGACUGGAGAUCUGGAUGAUAUGGAUCACGAUGGUGAAGAUGAUGACGACGAUGAUUACGACGGUGAAGAGGAAGAGGAAGAGGAAGAGGACGAUGACAAUCACGAUAUCGAUGAUAGUGAUGAUGACCACAAUGUAGAACUUCAAUUUUCCGUCCAUCAGGCGCAAGAUGGCACGACAGCGGCAACGGGGGAAGGCCAGCCUGAUAGUCCAGACCGCGUAAGAAGUAUGGGCAGCAAUAUCUCCCUCGCGUGGAAUCUUCAAAUCUCUUUCCCUUUUGGCUUGCUGAUAGGAUUGGUGUUAGUAACCACUGCGCAACUGUUCCGCCUGCUUGGAGCCACCGAGCUUCAUCGUAUUCUACAAGGUCAUGGAGUUCUGCGCUCGCGAUCAAGGGAAAAUGGCCAAGGCUAUGACAUUUUUGGUGUACAAGCCACCCGUCGCAUCAGAAGAACAGGACCCAGUAAAUACCCGAAACCUCCAAGCCAGGCAGGGAGAGAACUCAUGAUUUCCGGGGACUAUGGUAGUAAUCCGUACUACGUCGACAGGUUGAAGGGUCGAAAGCAGAAGCUGGCAACAAGUCUGAUGUAUAGAGAGCUGGGGGCAGGGCCACGAGGGACCGAAAUUAGAUCCUCUCGUGAACUAUCCCAGGGCCUAAUUCCUGGUACCUCUGCUGAUACCAUCAUUCAUUACGAGAAUCCUUGUUACUCGGGCCAGUUCUCUGAUGAUGGGAACUUUUUCUUCGUGACUUCUCAAGACUUCAAUGUCCGGAUGUAUGAUACCUCCAACCCAUACAUCUGGCAACAUUACAAGACAGUGGAAUACCCCUUCGGACAGUGGACGAUAACAGAUGCGACACUGAGCCCGGACAACAAAUUUCUGGCAUAUAGUUCGAUAAGAAACAUCGUUUGCCUAGCAGGGACGGACCCUUCAUCGUCAACAGAUCCUAUCCUUUUGAGUUUUGAACAUGGGCCGCGGGGUGCUGCGCUUAACUCCGUUUUUGGCACCCGUUUUGGGAUAUGGUCGGUCCGCUUCUCUGGCGAUGGCCGAGAGAUAGUAGCUGGAACUUCUGGUCACUCGGUCCUUGUUUACGAUCUAGAGACGCAACAAACAACCCUUCAGCUCCGCAAACAUUCAGACGACGUCAACGCUGUUUGUUACGGAGACAAAAUGUCACCUCAUAUCCUGUACUCGGGCUCCGACGAUUCCACCAUACGCGUGUGGGACCGUCGAUCAAUGGCAGAUGGCCGAGAAGCUGGUGUCUUCGUUGGCCACACAGAAGGUAUAACCUUUGUUGACAGCAAAGGAGAUGGCCGAUAUGUGCUAUCGAACAGUAAAGACCAGACCAUGAAGCUAUGGGACUUGAGAAAGAUGAUGACAACAACUAAAUUUGAUGGAAUGAGCCAUAUCAGAUAUUCAACGGGUUUUGACUAUCGAUUCAGUCCGUUCCUUGAAUCCGAUUAUACCCCCCAUCCCCAUGACUGCUCCGUUGUUACAUUUCAUGGUCACGGCGUACUUCGGACUCUGAUUCGUUGCCACUUUUCACCUUCGGGAAGCACAGACUCCAGAUACGUAUACACGGGAAGCCAUGAUGGGAAGGUAUACAUUUAUAAUCUAGAUGCCACUUUAGCCAAGGUGAUCGAUGUCGGAGGAACCACCCGGCACUCGUGGUCGCCUAGAGGCACUCCUCGCUCCUAUGACGUAGAUCCCAAGGAGAUUAAAACUUGUGUGAGAGAUGUCAGUUGGCAUCCCAACGCCCCGGUAAUAGCAGCUACCUCGUGGAAUGGCUUGGGUAUGUCGGAAGGAACAUGCACAGUUCACUCGUGGACGGACGAUGCAGAGGACGAUGAAGGGCUUCCUUCAAUGGGUUGGCAUUUGGAAUCCGAACUUCAGCUGCCAACAGGCCAGGAUUCGGUUGUUCUAGGCUCUGACUUUGAUGACUAUUGA